UUUAUAGGCGGCCACGUCACUUUCUUCGCCGUCUUCACAAUUUUCUCAAUUUUGUUGUUUAGAGCUGGUGUAUUGAUAUAUUGUCUGUAAUAUUUAAGGAUAAAGAUUUGUCAAACUCUUAUAAACAUUGAUUUGAGUGUGUCAUUAUAACUCUUUAUCGGCUACUUGGAAGUUUUGGAUCCAUAUCAACCCAACCUUAGAAAUGAAUAUAUUCCGAUUAGCUGGUGAUUUAGCGCACGUUUUCGCUAUUAUAAUUUUGCUCUUGAAAAUUUGGAAAACUAGAUCAUGUGCUGGAAUUUCCGGAAAGUCGCAAAUCCUUUUUUCAGUUGUGUAUCUGACAAGGUACUUGGAUUUGUUUACAACGUACGUCAGUUUGUACAACUCUGUGAUGAAGGUACUAUUUCUGGCAUCAUCAGGAGCGACAGUAUAUCUCAUGUACAUAAAAUUUAAAGCCACAUAUGACCAAAACCACGAUUCUUUUCGCGUGGAGUUUCUUCUUGUGCCGUGUCUGCUAUUGUCACUAUUAAUUAACCACGAAUAUACUGUAAUGGAGAUAUUAUGGACGUUUUCUAUAUACUUGGAAUCAGUUGCUAUUUUGCCCCAACUAUUCUUGGUCAGCAAAACGGGAGAAGCAGAAUCGAUUACCAGCCAUUAUUUAUUUGCAUUGGGUUCAUAUCGUGCAUUGUACUUGCUGAACUGGGUAUAUCGUUACAUUGUGGAAUCGCAUUAUGACCUUAUAGCGAUUUGUGCUGGAAUUGUCCAAACCAUUUUAUAUUGUGAUUUUUUCUAUCUCUACAUUACCAAAGUGCUGAAGGGAAAAAAACUUCAAUUGCCUGCAUAAUUUGUUUUAGAGCUCAAAAUAUCUUCUGUAUCUUAUAUAGGUUUGUUGUGCAAUUGUAACAUUGCUAUCGGAAUAGUCCGAACUGUAUCAAACAACAAAACUAAUCUUAGUGUUAUGUUUAACGGAAUGCUAAUUAUGUCCCAUAAAUAUACCAAACGAAAAAAAAAUGUCCACAAUUUUUUGUAUAACUGGAAGUUUACUCUUUAUUUUUUGAUACAUGUAAGAAUACUAUCUUAACCUGAAUUAAUUUUCUCGAAGUAUCAAACUUAAAUGCAUGCCUGAAAGUUAUUUCCUUUAAAUAAUUUAUGUUUUAUUACAUUAUAUAUUCCUAAAGGACUAGCUUUUGAACAUUAUGUUUCAUUUUUGUUUGGGUGGUAAUGUCUAACCAGCCAACCGACAAAAUUUUUAAAUGAUUCUAAAAAUUAUUCUCAUUUAUUGUUAUAGAAGCCAAAGAAUCCCAAUGCCUUUAAAGUAGGAAGCUCCACAUUUUUAUUUAAGCUUAGAGCAAUAAGUUAUAAAACGGGUUAUAUUUACGAAGUAUGCAAAAUUCAUUAUCCCUAUUCAGUUAAUAACACUGAAAAUAUAAACAUAACAAAGUCAAA